AUGACGAGUCUUCAAGACUUGCAGAUUGCCAUUAUUGGCGCCGGGAUGGGCGGUCUGACGACGGCUCUGGCGCUGGCCAAACGAGGGUUCAAGUGCAUCGACGUUUACGAAAACGCACAGGAUUUGGGGUUCGUUGGCGCGGGGAUUCAGCUGGCGCCAAACAUGGCCCGCGUAUUGGAUGGAUUGGGAGUUUGGCGUGGAAUUGAAGCCGAAGCUGUGGAUAUCUCGGAGACGUCUGUUCGAGACGGUGCAACGGAUAAUGAGCUUGCCCAUGUCGAGCUCGGAUACAUUGAAAAAACCUAUGGAUACAAGCACAUGGUAGGCCAUCGAGCCUCAUUAGCCGGGGGACUCUUCGAGGGAUGCAAGGCCCAACCCGCUAUCAAGUUCCACUUUGGCAUCAAUGCGGAAAACGUCGACUUUGGAUCUCGGCCGUCCUUUACAGCUGUACCGCGUGAACAAGGUAAACCCUCUUUUCGCGUGGAAUGCGAUGUCCUCCUCGCCGCCGACGGAAUCAAAUCAUUAGCGCGGCAGGAGAUGCUCAAACGCUUGAAUGUCAACGUCGGCGUCCGCGAUACCCACCAAGCCGCCUACCGGAUCAUGAUCCAUAAAGAGCAGAUCCAAAAUGACCCGGAACUCCUGGCCCUGAUCAACAGCACGCGCGUAACUCGCUGGAUCGGACCCAAACGACACAUCAUCGCCUACGCCGUCUCCAACAACACCAUCUACAAUCUCUCCACCGCCCAGCCCGACACCAACUUUGCCGCCGCCACCAACGCCACCUAUACCACCAAGGGAUCCAAAAGCGCCAUGAUGGAGGUCUUCGAAGACUUUUGUCCCAUGGUCAAGCGAAUGCUCGAUUACGUCCCCGAAGGCGAAGUCUGCGAGUGGAAGUUACGCGUUCAUGACCCCCUCCCGACAUGGGUCUACGACAACGUCGCUCUGAUCGGCGACGCCUGUCAUCCCACGCUGCCUCAUCUCGCCCAGGGUGCUGCGCAGGCCAUUGAGGACGGUGCCGUUCUGGCCGUGGCUCUCUCCCGGUUGCCCGAUACCACGCCCGAGUCGAUCAACAAGGCGCUGCGGGUGUAUGAACGGGUUCGCAAGUCCCGUGCUGAGACCUUGGUCGAGAUGGCGGCUGCUUCGGGUCGUGCGUUACAUCUGGGUGAUGGCGCUGCGAAGGAGGAGCGAGACCGUCAAUUUGCGGCUUUGCGGCAGGGCAAGGGCCCGGUUCCGGAUAAGUGGGCGGAUGCGGAUGUUCAGAGGGAGAUUUAUGGAUUUGACUGUGUCAAAGUCGCCGAGGAGAAGUUUGAUGAGUACUUUGGUCAAAUGGAUAAUACACCUCGUGACUCGAAGCUUGCGUGA